UUCAGUUCAGGUGAGUCUGGAGUUUACCUGCUGCUGCAGGUCGAGUCCCGGGAAACCUCUGAAGCCAAGGCUCCGAGUCUCCGGGCCGCACGACGAACGCGGAGGGGGAUUAGAAGCUCAGCUUAAAACAGAGGAGAAUCCUCUGUUUUAGUCAGAGGUCAGCGUGGGAACAGCUGGCACACGCCGUGGACGCGGGGAGUUGCUGUCGUGCCUUGCGUAAAAUGCGCGCUGGAGAGGGAGGCGAGGGACGGUGAGAGCCGAGGGAAAGCGGAGCGCUUCGUGAAAGAAGAGGAGAGGAACUGUUGAUGUUUUUGGGUUUUUUGGUUUUUCUUUCCCUCGGAUUGGUUGUUGAGAGAACACUAGCAGGAUCUCCACGCCGGGGUUUCUGCUGGAAAUGACCCGCUUUCAAAGUGUUCACCGGAGCUUUUCCCGUGAACUCCGACGCACCGCUGGCUCCUGAAACAGGUCCCAGAGAGUCUCAUCCUCGCCAAAGCCACCAGGAAGCUAUGAGGCACGGAGUUCAGAAGUCACAGUGGUGGAGUUCUACUUUUAAUUAAAGGUGACGCAAACUCCUUUCAAAUGAAAAGACGGCGUGUACUUACUGAACUCUCGUAGGGCUUUUUUUUUAAAGACUUGCAUUCAGCUAUCAAGGAUUUCUUUCCCCGAACUGUUGACUCCAUGGUUUGGAUGUAAAUAAACAUUCAGAGCCAAUGCUGAGGAGUUGAAAUAUUGCCUUUACCGCCUGGAAGAGUGUUUCUGCCAUUAUUGAGACCCAAAUAAAGGUCAGUGCUCCUUGAUCUUAUGGUCACGUUUCUCCUUGGGUUGUUUGUUCUUCAGACUCUGGAGGUUUUUCUAGUCAAAGCUUCUGGGUUUCCUCCUCAAGCACAUCUUUUAUUUUUCACAAGGACUACAUUUAAACCCAAUUUUACUCAAAAUAACUCGCCAGGAGGAAGAGGAGGGAACCAAAGCCACAGUAGGGCAGAUGGCUUUUGUGCUCCAAAACAUCAACGGCUGGAUGAAUAAAACAUUUGAAGAGGGAAAGAUUCAUGACAUCUGGAAGUGAGGAACUUUGAGGACCACUCUGCUCGCCGUUCUCACGUUUCUGUCCCUCUGUGGACUCAGGAGUUCAGCCGGUCAGUAAAACAGACAGAAACAAGCCUGCUCUCCGGCUUAUUUCUCCUUUAUUCCACCUUGCUGUACCCCGCGCACCGCUUCGCCUUAUCCUGCUCCCAUCUUCUCCGCCCUCCGGCUCUCCGUCUCCAGCGCGGCGUGUGAUGGUGCGUCCCCUCCUCUCGGCCCUGGAGACAUGCCUGUACAGGAGAUGGCGGUGAGUCCUGUCAAGUCCCUGCACUGGGAGCAAUUCCCCUCCAUGUCGCAGCGCCGUGUCUACUGCACGCCUGUAUACCAUGAGGGCCUGCUCUACGUGCUUGGGGGCUGCAGCGAGACCGGCAUGCCCCUGGACAGCGUGGAAGUCCUGGACGUUGAGAGCCAGACAUGGAGCCAGCUGCCCCCGCUCACCACUGCGCGGGCGGGGGCUUCAGCCGUGGCUCUUGGGGGACAGGUGAUGGUGCUUGGAGGAAUGAACCAGCAACAGACCCCGCUGGCCUCUGUGGAAAUGUACCACCCCGACGAGGGCAAGUGGGAGACGAAGGCCAGUCUAGGUCAGCCUUCUAUGGGAGUCACCGCCGUGGAGAGAGAUGGGAAGGUGUUCGCUCUGGGCGGAAUGGGAGCAGACACAACACCUCAGGCUUUUGUUAAAGUCUACGAAGCAGAGAAGGAUCAGUGGCAGGCCACCACCUCCAUGCCCACGCCACGCUACGGAGCCACGCCCUUCGUAAUAGGAAACAGAAUUUAUGUGAUGGGUGGUCGUCAGGGAAAGAUGCCAGUAACGGCCCUGGAGGCUUUCGACCUGGAGAUGAAGAGCUGGACUCGGUACCCCUGCAUCCCCAGCCGGAGGGCGUUCUCGUGCUGCGCUGCCAAUGAGCGCAGCCUGUUCAGCCUGGGUGGGCUCCAGCAGCCGGGGCCUCAUAAUUUCUACUCCCGACCUCACUUUGUCAGCACUGCAGAGGAGUUUGACCUGGAUCAAGGUGUUUGGAUCAAACCCAGCCGAACAUCCAGGAUGCGGGAAAAGAGGGCGGACUUUGUGGCAGGAUGCCUUGGAGGAAGAGUCAUCGUAGCUGGUGGUCUGGGUAAUGAGCCAUCGCCCUUGGGCUCAGUGGAGAGCUACAACCCAGUGAAGCGGCGCUGGGAGUAUGUGGCCCCCAUGCCCACUGCACGAUGCUCGUCUGCUCUGCUGCAGACGACCAGCAUCCUCUUUGUGAUUGGAGGAGUUGCCCAGGGACCCAGUAACGCUGUGGAAGCCCUCUGCUUACAGGAAACAGUGUGAUGCAGGCACAAAAAACCCUGAAAUUAAUGCAAACCGGCACCAAUAUUUUCUUCACUCUAGAACAUGCAGGAGUUGGAUCGCACUCAGAUGCUUUCUCACAUUAUGAUCGGCAACAAUGGAUUCCACUUACACACUGGGAUGUCAACGACUUGUUUUGGCAUUGAAGAAGUGUUUUCAGAGCCGGACCGUGAAGCAGAUUGCUGUCCUGGCAAAGACAGGAAACUGAAAGCUUUUAUACUCCGGGGAAAUCAGAGCGAGAGAAAAAUGAGCCAAACAACAAACCGACACGGACCCGGUUUCUGAAGAAACAACCCGGCUUUGAACUAUUGAGCAUUUUUUCAGAAUAAAAGCAGGGUACUUUUCUGGAUACUAAAAGGAACAUAGGGCCAUAUCUGAAACGCUUCUUAGCAGCAGCGCUGUGCUCUGCUUUCAUGGCAACAGCUCGCUCCGACUCUUUUCUAGAACCUCAGAGGCAGCACUUGGUUGAGUUGUAGAUGGUGGCAUUCAGAGAGUGUGGAUGUCUGUUGUGGCUCUUUGUUCUGUUAGAGUGUCGUAAGUGUGAACACUACCGCUGCUAACAAUCUUUACAACGGCAUCAACAACGAUGUUUUCGAUGCCUUCACACCACAAGCGAGUCAAAGGCCUGCCAGUCAGAAAAAAAACAUCCACUUUGUUCCAACAGGGGCCCCAUCUUGAGCACAAUCACACUUUCCUUGAUUGAGGAAACAGUGAUUGUGGAUAAGCUUGUCAGCACUUUGCUUCGCCUCACAUCUCUCCAUCUCUACGCCACACCAAUCAAUCACAGAACUCCAACCAACACUCACAUUGCGGAGCAGAGAUGAUUUUUGCUUGGGGGAGUGAAUGUAGAGCUACCUGCUGCACUGAAGCAUCCUGGGAAAUCAGCUUUCUGUCACAUGAUGGGGUAUUUUGUCUUUAACGUUGACAGUUCACUUUAUUACAAACGUCAGCUUGAUGUCAGUGAGAUGAUGGAUGUGGAUGUUUUAAGGUAAUCAUAUCAGAGUUUACUAAGAAUGCACUGAGUCGGAGACAAAAUCGUACAACAUGUUGAAGUUAGGAUGCUAUUUUAAUCUAUGAUUUUUUUUUAAACUCUUGAAGUAUUAUUAUUUCAAGGCAUUUCUACAAGUGCAGCAGUCCUGCUGCUAGGAUUGCCAAAUAAAAUUCUUGUAUUUCAGAGGUCCAACUGAUACAAGCAAAACUUAGUGGAUCAUUGAUGCUUUCUUAGGAAUUAAGAGUAAAAGUAGCAGUCAGCCUCUUCGCAUAUUAGAUUUUUCCUUUCUGAAGCAUUUAGGUGUACUCUAACUCAAUGUCAAGCAGGAAUGAGAGACACACAGUGUUGGUGCAGUGCUUAAGCGUUAGCAGAUGUAAUGUUUCUGAUUAAUUCCUGAGGUUUAGCACAACUCUUGGUCUUUGCUUUCAGGUAGAGUUAGUGGUAAUUGUUUUUGUCACUUUUUUAUGUUUGUACAUGAAGCAGAGUUAGAAUAACUGUUGAAUUGUGUCAUGACUGUUAAGUGAAAGGCUUUUAAAAUUCCACAGAAAUAAUCAAGUUGGUUAAUAAGUGAAUUAAGUCAUGCUUCACUGCUGAUGUUCACCAUUAUUAUUUUAGGGGGCUUUCUACCUCCCUUACUGGGAGGAUUGUUCUAGAAAGCACUCAAAUUGUCAGUGAGCAGCUUCUCCGUUUACACCCAGUGCACUAUAAAACAGCAGUCAGUCUCUGCUGGUUCAGGGGAGCAAAAAAAAAAAAAAAGACAAUUUGCAUUAUAAAGCUGAGUCAAUAUCAAGUAAAACAUGUAAAAACUCCUGUUUUUAUCACAGUUGGAGUCAGUUUAGCUCUCUAGGUGAAAUUAGCUUCAGUUCAUUGCUGCCUGGAGAAAGUUUAAUUGAAAUUGUCAGGUUAUUAGGAGGCAUGUUAGAACAAAGACACUUGGAAAUUAAAGCUGAUUUUAUUUAGUUUUAAAGAGAAUUCACAGAUAAUACUUAACUUUAACAGUCUAACACAAAAUAAAAGUUGAGCCACACCCACUUAUCUAACUAUAAGGAGUGUAAUUUAUUAAGUAAAAUCAAAUGACUCCAGAUCAUUUAGAUGCAUUACACAAGGAGAGAGCUGCCUCUGGCCAUUGUUAAAAGAGUUUUGUCUUCGCGUUGAACACACGCUCACGCUGUUCACCGUCUCGUCCAGCUCGCAGGUUUUUCUUGCCUGUUUGGUGACCGACCUCACUAACAGAGUCAGACAUCUACUGCUGUUGGAAAGCUCAGAUAAAAUACCAGCAGACAAGCCGGUUAUUUCUGGCGCUGCACUCCGUGCUUCUAAUUGGACACGUUAGGCACGAGUCACCGCGUCUACGUCCACGGAACAGUCCACACGUUUACUCUGCUGUCCAUACAGGGAACGGAGCCUGGAUGAAUGCGUUCUGAUUCAUUUCACCACAUAUUCAGGUUUAUCUUCUAUUUGUUUCACAUUUGUGCCUUGCACAUUUAUAUUUACUGACAUUAGGUAACCCACAAAUAGCAAAAAUGUUAGGACGUAAAAUAACACAACAUAUAUAAAGACUCUGGCUGUGUGGGAUUUAAUUGAUAUUUCAAUGCCACCCUCUUCCUCUGAGAGCCUGUCACAUUUUAAAAUGAUUGGCUGAUUUUACAAACCUGAGAGACCAAACACAUGACAGUAGAAAAUCUACGGUACAACAGUUUUGGUUGUACAGUGUGUGAAUCUGCGUAUAUGAUUGGAUUUAAAUGAUUGAUUUAUUUAUUUGUGCAAGGUCGACAGAGUAGUUUUAAGUGCCUUGAAACGACAUUUGUUGUGAAUCUGAAUAAAAUGAAUCGAAGGAACUGAAUGGUUUGAGGAGCACAACAACAAGUUUGAGGUGCUGACUUGCCCUCCAGAUUCCCCAGAUCUUAAUCCAGUUGAGCUUCUGUAAGAUGUGCUGGACACAUAAAUCUGAUCCAAUGGAAUUUACAGGCCUUGAAGGAUCCGCUGCUGUCUUUUUGGAAAUUCAGUGGUUCAAAAAGCAGAAUUAAAGUAUGCUACAGUACAUAUCAGGACUGACAGCCGGGGUUUGUGUGUAAUAGAGGACCUGAUUCUGUAGUGAAAAGGGAAACUGGAUCUUUUAAGUUUCUGCUAAUGCGAAUUACAAUGGAAAUUUUAGUGUUUUAGAUCUGAAGACAAGCAAUAACAACGUUCCCAGCUGCUUACUUUCUAAGUUUGAUGGACAACCUAAGCAGUCUCUCUUUUAUUUGAAAUGUGAAACAGACAGUAUAAAGCUGGUGCUUUGAUUUGUAGAAAGGACACACACAUGCUGGGUCAUCAAAGCCCGGGAUCACAGCAUGGGGGGACUACAUUAUGAUCAAAGCCAAUUCAAGGGGCUUAUUUUAAACCAAAGAAAUUAAUUAUUUACAGUUGGUAAAGGUGUGUAAAAAUAUCUGUUAUAGCACAGGCUUAUCCUCACACUGGAAAUGUUUUGAAAAACCCUCCAUUUCAUUUAAGUACAUUUCCACAAAUGAGAAAAACAUCCCACUGAAAAUCAUAGUUACAUUUGCUACUGUUGCUACAUUUGUCAGCACUACUAUUGAUAUAUUUUAAAAUUGUAUAAUACCUUUUGGUGAAUAGGACUUUGUCCUGUUCAUUUUAGAUAUUUUCCUACUUAAACAAAAUGAUACACUGGUCAUUCAUAUCCAGGUGUGUUGGAGUAUGGACAUGUCGAAAACAGGCUGGACGAAUGAUUGAAAUGGAUGAAUUACUGCCAAGCAACUAAGAAACAGUCUACUGCCACCUAUUGGCCAGCGUAUGAACUACAUCUGGCUGAGCUUCAACAACUCUAUUUAGCUGUCAUGAAGAAAUAGAAUGGCAGGAAGAGUGAAGCGUGCCACAUUAAAAUAAAAUAAAAAAUACUGUAAAAUAAUUAUUUUAAACUGGAAAUAAGUACAGAAAUAAUUUAUUAAAUAUAUAAUUAAUUAUACAUGCCUCAAUUAAAAGCUAGAUAUAAUUGUGAAUUAAUAAGUUCAGGAGCGUGGUGACGGUCCUGCGUGUAGGAAGCUGAGUUCAAACUGGGAUCAGCGUUAGCCCCACUCACUAGCUAGCUAACUAGCUGACACCGGCUAAGGCUCUUUUCGUGAUUAGUGAUAUUUCAGACCAAAGUAAAGAUAUAAAGGAUGGAGUUGCUCAACCAUUUAGUUAGGUUAUUGAAGUUAUUUCUGCACUUUCCAGGGAAGAUAUUGACCUCAGAAUAAAAGCAAACUAAUUAUUCUAUUAAGUUGUCCUGGCAGUGGGUUUCAACCAUCAAGCCCAGUGACGUUGACAGUUCCUAUUAAAUCAUGUUAUGCUUCAGCAACAUGAAAUAUGUAUCUAGUUUUUAAAACAAAAUCAAAACAUUUAUUUCAGGCAUAUAUAACUAAUUCUAAAUGUUUCUGAAUUUAUUAGCAGUUUAAAAAAAAUAUGGACACAUUUAAAUAAUGCAUUACUUAUUUACAGUUAAUUCUUCCCUCUCCAUAGCAAGAAUUGUAAAACAAUUUCGCAACCCUGUUUGUCAGUAGCUGUUUUUGACAAUAUAAUCCACACUAAAGAUGGGAAUAUUUUUGUUUGAUUCUGAAUCUUAUGUCCAAUUAUUCUAAAUGUUACUAAUUUGCUUCAUACUUAGAUUUAAAUAUAAUGGGUUUGCUAUAUUCACAUUAACCAUCUCUGUUUAAUUUAAUUGUGUUUUGACAACAAAAACACAAUUAAUUAAUUUUUUAGUCAUAGAUGAAUAGCAACAUUAGGGUGUUAAAAUACACACUAAUUAAUCAAAAGUUUAACAAUAAAAAUGUUUUUAGCAAUUAUUUUCAGCAUAAAAAACAACAACAAAAGAACAGCCCAACUAAAGAAAGCAAUUGAAAUGAAAAGUUGAAUUUUUCAAAAACAUUAUGCCACUACAUCUAAACUUUUAUUCACUUCAACAAACUGUAGAACACACAGAUUCAAAUAUUUCAUUAGCUUGGGAGAUGUUCAACCUGCUAACUGUGAGCCAGUGUAAUAUAAACAAAACCUUCAGGAUAGAUCUGAGCUCAAACAGAGUUAAAAGCAGCCUGUUCUCUGCACAUCAUCACUGCACACAGCUUUAAAAUGGAAAACAUUAAGCUGUGCAGCUUUGGCUGAUGCACACUGAGCCUAAGAGUACCUACAUCCAAAAUUUAUGUGCAUCUGUGUCAUUGUGUCACCUUGUGGAUGUGCGGCUGUUCUUAUGAGUCUGCGUGGGCGCAUGAAUGCAAAUCUACACACACCACGAGGCGUCUGCAGGAUCCGUACAGCCCUCCUUUGCAGGGAUUCUGUCUCUCUAGUUCUCUCAUCCAUUUUUUCCACGUCACCCUGCGGUCCGGGGCGACGUGCUGAAGCUUUGCCAGAGCCAACUCUCUCAUGUUGGAAGCAUAAAAUUUUUUAAGACCUUUUCUCUCUGCCUCUCUGUCCCUGUCAGGAUCAGGCUGCUCCGCUUAGAUGACGUCCUAUAAAUCUAGAAUCAGUUUCCAGGUGAAAAGAUGCCUCUGAGGUCUGCCUCAUGUGACUGGGUGUGCUGUUUGCACAUCGGGGGUGAGUUCUCCUUUCUAACAGCAGGCUGAGAUGGAGAACAAAAGAGCAGGAUGCUUCAGUGCAGGUAGCAGCUAAUUACAUGUUGUGCUGUUUCAGAGGGCCACUAGGCGAGUGACACCAGCACAAGCUAACGGGAAUGUUGAAAGCCAAAUCAGAGUGUCGUAUGAGGGCACAACAUCAGCGGAGAGUAAAAAAUGAUGAAACGUUUGAUAAAUCUGCAGAACCUGAGGCCAUUUUAUAAACACAAAUGAUUUUGUGCCAGUCUAUCACAGAGUCAUUCAUUUUCGAUCCUCCUCACUACUGACUGACUUCACACACUUUGAUCAUCUUACUCACAAGCUGCGUUUCCAAGCUGCGCAAAACUUUCCGUGUUCUGUUAAAGUCAAAAACAUACAAUUUUGCGGUGUUUCAGUUAACAAAGGAUGAAUGAAAUGAAAAUCACACCUGAAUAGGUUCAAAAUCCACCUCAUCUUAACGCUAAAACGUUUCAUUGAAAAACAGCUCUUUUUUCAAAAUUGCUGUAUUUUCAUUAAGUUAAUCCAGUUCAGAAAUUUUAGAUUGCGCAGCUAGUGGUGAGACUUUCACUAGCUCUGUUUCCAUUGACCACAGAAACUGUGCAAAUUGGAAUUAAGAAAAUAAGUUAAUUUAAUGCUAACACAGCAAUUUUGGUAAAGGUCACGUUUUUCAAUAAAAUGUUUCAAAAGCUGGCAGAAAAGAGGAAGUGACAGGAGGACGAUGGCACGGCAUGAUUUUAAUUGUGUUUCUUAAAUAAUGGAAACACCGCAGUUGGGAAAUUGGGUCUUUUCGACAUUAAUGGAAUAUCGACAAGGUUUUGCUCACAUUUGUAAUGGAAACGCAGCUAUUGUACCCAUAAGAGUGGCCUUGUGUGUCCUUACCUCUCCGAUCUGCAGAUACAUCGUACCCCAUCUCGUCCAAAACGCAUUUUUGUUUUUGAUGUUGGCAUGUUUUGUGCCUUGGUUCCCAACUAUAGGGCCCAAAGACUCAGGUUCUGACAAACAAUUUCUAAAUAGGGAGAAGAUUAAAAUUUUGUUAAUUCCAGUGUGGGCAACAUUAUGUCCAUUUCCUGGGUAACAGGGAAGACCCACUGGUAGCAUAGAUAUGUUUCUCUUAUAUUUGCAUAUUGUCUCCAUCUGUUCCUGUUUUUCUUUGCGAUAGAUGCUGGACAUGUGAUACACUAUUUAUUUCCUAAUUGUUCUUGUUUAUGCUCCUUUAUUUCCUCUCCAGUUGUUUGUGUUGUGGACUGAGGUGACCGACGUUGUGGUGGUGUUGCCCACUGUGGGCUGGGUUCGCCCCAAAGUGUUUGUUACUGGUUGUGUCUUCUUAAAAUGCUUUCAAGCAAGCAGAUUAAUCUUUUUUUUUAAUGUGCAAAAAACAGUCUAAACAUGUCUAAUUGUACUGUUUUGGUUGUGUGAAACUCUUAGAGGAACUGAAAGUUUCAUGAAAUGAAAGAUACGGUGUUUGCCAAAAUGUACAAGCACCUUGACGUUUUCCGCCUUUUGUCACAUUAGAGUCACAAACGUCAAAAUAUUGCUCUUGAAUUGAAUGUAAAGAGAGCAUGCUGUGCAUUUGUAUUCACCAUGAAUCAACGCUUUCCAGGUUUAAGGAUCCCACAUACUCGGGCAUACUGUGGCGUAUUCAUUUGGCAGUGUUGACUCCGUACACACUGUCCAUGGACGGUUGAGAUGUUAUAGUCGAGCGAACCAAUUACAUCAAUUUCUCGUAACAAAUUCCUUCAUUUCCCACAAUCCCAAUGGAUAUUAGCUAGCUUGAUGAGCUGACUGCGUGCCUAGCCCCGUUUUUUCUCCACCAGGGCAGCCAGCGCAAAACUGAUAGUGCGCCACAAAGUGGCAACCUGGCUUGUUACUGUUUGCACCGACUUUCAGUCUUAUCAGCUUAGUGUUGCAUUCAAAAUAGUUUGAUGUGACCACUGUUUCACACUGAGCAGCUUCCUGUGUGACACCACAUACGUAGACGUCUCCAAUGAGUCCGCAGAGUGAAGUACGCCUGUGUAUUUGGGUGACUUUUGCUGAAAUUUGGAGCACCAAGGCAUUUAGGACAUGGCUCUACAAGCUUUGCUCAGGCAGAAACUAGACAGUUUUUAUUUGCAAAAUAGCAAAGAAAGUCAAGACAUCAUCGGUCAAGAUGAUUAGCAAACAGGAGUUUGGAAGAGCUGCCAAAGAUUUUUUGUUGAAUUUAGUUCUUGAUUUUGUUGAAAGGUGAAUCCUGACCAGAGGUUCAACUCUUUGCCAAUCUCCUCAAUGCUUGUGGUCCUGUGUUGGUUUUUCUUUAGGGAUCUAAAGAAACCAGUAUGCUGUAAUUGCAUUCUGGCUUUUAACCAUGUAUAAUCUUCCCUCCAUUUCACUACAAAUAACCUGGUCUGUCACAUGAAUUUCUAAUAAGACUUCAGAGUUUCUAAUUGUAAUGCACAACAGAGUAUUAGUGUCAUACUAAGACAUUUUUUUUCUAAAUGAAAUUAUGAGAAUAAAGUAAUAAAAUUAUGAAAUGAACAUCAAAAUAAUGCAAGAAUGAUUUUAUUCUAGUAAUAUUAUGACUAUACUUGUAAUACUACAACUUAUUUUUUUCUUAGCCUGGCCCUAAUACUCCAUUGUAUUAAUGUCUCAAAAGGCGAAAACAUUUUUUAGAAGUAUUAAUACUUUCACAUGGCACAGUACUGUGUGGAGCCAAGUACACGAGUCAGUAGUAGUCGAUUUCUAUGUCAACAAAUUAUUGUUUGUAUUUAAUUCCUUUUUUUUUUAGUAGACUUAGCAAAUGAAACUCAACAAGUCGUAUGUUUUUUUUUGUUAUGGAAACAAGACCCUGCCCAGUUGUGAAGCCAUAAGUGUCAUCUGUCAUUUCACUGCUUCAUGUCAAACUAGAGCCUGGUUUGUACAGACGGGGAAACCCCCCUGAAUAUUCUUGCUUUUAUUAUAUCUCACUGUACUGUGAUGUUUCCCUACAGUGAUGGUAGAAAACCUGGUGAAAACUGCUUUGUGGUCUCAGUGGGUCAGUAUUGCCAUGUGCUCUGUGUGUAUAAAAUGUUUUGGGAAGAGCUUAAGAACGAACUCGUGAAUUAAUAUGGCUAAAUUCAGACGGCGUGUGGGGAGAUGUAACAGCAGUUACAUUUUGCUUGUUCAUGUUAAGCAGGUUAAGAUUUCUUUUUUUAUUCUUUUGAUUGAAAAUGUAAAAAAAAAAAAAGAAAAAAGAACACAUGUCAAAGCUCCUUCAAUGAGACUAACCACACACAGAAUCUAUGCACCUAAAACACAGCAGCAGCUGGAGCCGGAUGUGAACCAAGCUAGCAUGACUCAAAUUCAUCCAUGACUCAAUUACUGACGUUUAUUCAUUUACCUUCAGCGAGACAAUCAGUUUCAGUAAAGUCCUUCUAACGGUCUCAGCAAUAUUUUUAGAACACUAAAUUAAAUUUGUAAGCACACACACACCACUCAUUUCCCACACGGACAUCAGAUUUUUAUAAAUCAUGUCAGAUUGGGUAUGAUCUCCCCCCGCGGGUCAGGGAGAAGCAUUUCACAGCCCGAUGAGGUGACUGGGGCCAAAUAAGGAAAAUACAAGCUUGAGGUAAGAUUUGUAGGAUGUCGCUUGGCCCUGAACCUGAACAAUCUCCACCAACAGACAGAACAUAUCUCAAACGCUGCUCAAUAAGUCUUUUAUUUGGUGAUGAAAUGAACUAGGAAAUGUUUUCCUGACAUGAAAAGUGAAAUAAAAGGCGAAUUAAAUACAUAACAAAACUGACACUCAUCCUUUGACCAGAUCUGUUAAUCUCAAUUAGACCUUAGUAGCUUUCUGUCUGAUUUUCAUUUAUACGACAUCAGCAUGUACAUGUGGGGGUAUGGAAAUUGCCUAAACUAAUAGACCUUUUCAGUUCUAAUUGAAACAAGUUGAUUCUUCACAUUUUAAUACAUUGAAUGUUUCUUCAUGGCUUGUUAGAAACUGGAUUGUGGCAAAUUUGGAAAACUUUUGUAAUUGUGAAGGGAUUUAUGAUAUUCUUGGUUAACAUGUCCUGCACUCAAUGUUAGCAUGGUGUGGUGAUGUUGCUCCUGAAUAUCUCAGUUCGCUCAACUUCUUGGUGUAAUCCUGCCCCUCUGAAUGAAAACAAGUUAGCCAAAAGCUAGCAAAGGAGUCGCAUUUGCUUAAGGUUGUUUCCACCACCUCGUUUCGCUAUACAUGGGAGGUUCCUGGUCCUCCACCAUUAGUUUCAGCUUAGCACUAGCACUUAUAUACUUGAAGAGGCUUCAAUAUUUAAUCAGGUUAGCAGCUACAGGGGUUUAUAUAUUGUUGGCUAACAGUAAAGGUUCCAUCUCUGCCGAAUCCACCACAUACUCCCUUUUUCCUUCCAUGUCAAGUAGGCCUGGCCAUAAUGAGAGAAAUUAUUGCUGGCAUCCAAAUAGCAAAAGAUGGACAGUGCAGAACCUAGGUUUGGUUGUUGAGUUAAUCCUAUUAGCUGUAGCGAGAUGGAGAGUAGGACCCAGUUAUCAGCCAUCCCCUCAAAGCAUUGGUAACACCUAGCAAGAGUAAAGGCAACACCUGUACACCGGGUUGUGGAGGAGCUGAUGUUGUUGUCCAGGCAUGUGACCAGUGUGGCAAGUCUUGCUUCAAAAUCCUACACAAACGAGCCACACCAGUGCUGCAAACAGGACCCAGAUACUUCCGAAGCUCUCCAAAAACUACAAGUCUAAAUUGAUUAAUGCGUUACUGAAGACCAUGCAGAUUUCAGCCUAACUGCAACACCUUCAUCCAGUGUUUUAGGGGGUGCUGGUAAUAUCUGAGCUAAAUGAAGAUUCAUAAAACUCUCAUGUUGCUCCGCUAACCACAGCUAAACUUUGUGAAACAGUUGCUUUCUAAAAUGAUCGGUGUGUUUUCAGAUCAAAUUGACUAUGAAAAGCUAGCUCAUAAAAAGAAAAGGACAAAUUUGCAACUUGUAUAUGACAGAAACACAGCAUAAAAAACUUAUUACAAAAAGAUAACAUGGUUUUAAUGUAUUAUUAAAUUGAAUAUUGACAUCAAAGUAACAUAUAUCAACAAGAAAAUUAUAUAUUUGUGUAUUUUUUUGUGUUUUUGCUACCCAAAGAUGGGGAACUGAGAUGAAAUGUAGUCUAAAUAGUGUGAGCAGGUUUUAAAAACCACAGAUGAUAAUCAAGGUAAUCUUUCUGCUUGUUGGCAAAUCUCACAUCAAAUGAACAGGAAUGAUGAGGCAAACAAAGGAAAGUCCGUUUGGGCUCAACAACACAACUCACAUGUGAAAUUAUAAAUGCACAUUUAUUCACCAACAAUAAAAAGAAGGACAGGAAGGCAAUGGUAAUUACUAGCAGACAAUAAAUGCAAUAAAAAUACAACACCAGAUGUUGGCAAGAAUCUGGCUGUAAUAUUACUUACUAGAUUCUGAAGGUUACUUGUUAAUAUCAAGCUUGGGGGGGGGGAGUAUUUAAAAAAUUAAAAAAUGAAGACUUGGUUUUUUAAACUGUGAAACGAAACUCUGGUCUCAAAGGACGUUUUUAAUGAAUCCAUCAUUCUAAGUCUAGUUUGGUUUAUAUAGUGUUGAACAUAAAAACCUUAGUACAGAGCUGUACAGAGUAACUGAUAGUGACGGACGGAGUGUUUUAUUACUACUUGCUUUUUGACAUGUUGACAAAAUUUGUGGCAUGAGAUUCACAGAGUUGCCAAAUUUACACAAGUAGUGCUCACUAGUAACCAGCUGUCGCAGGAAUGACCCAAUAAUUUUACCGCUUAACCUCAUGCUACGCUGUUCAACCCCCUCUGUUUGUGUUGAUGAAGACACGCUAACCUUAGCAUGUUGAAUGUUUGGAAUUGCCCCAACUUGAGGGAGACCACGCAAUCUUAGAAUUUCUGCAUUUCUCUUAGUCUUUACGUUUGUUCCUGUUUCACAAAGAUAGAACGUCAAUUCAUUUAUGUAGCACAUAAAAACAACAAAUGUUGACCAUUAAAUAAAGCAAGAUAGCAACAAUAAGGACAAAAAUGUUAUAUAUUUCAAAAUAAGGUUAAAACUAAAAACAAAUAUGCUUCAUUAUUGUCAUCGUAAGAGAAAUUCAAACUGUUUGAAUCAAACACCAAAGAAUAAAAAUGUCUUGAGCAAAGAUUUAAAAGUCUCAACAGUCUCAGCGGUUCAUGUAAAGGUAAACCUUUCCAAAAGUUAGAAGCAGAAAUGGCAAAAGUCUGAUCAGAAAACAGAAUUACAGAGAAAUUAUAUUGACAAUAUAAGUUGCUGUGAAAAAACAAAAUAAAUGACAUUGAUACUAGAUAAUAAUUAGAAAAAAUUGUGUGUGUGUGAUAGAAAUUGUGAUUAAAAGAGGGAAAUGUUUCCUCAUCUCACCACAUCCUGCAAGACUGAAUGUCCGACCAUUUGAUAAAAUCAGGAAGGUUUAAGCGUGAUGAGGAUUAAGACUGCUCUGGAGCAGGCUUUAUCUGUCAUAUUACAGCUUAUAUGGUUCCAUUUAACAAUCAAUAAUAAGGAUUUACAUCUAAGCCUGGAAACAAUACCGCCUAAGAGGGAAGAUAAACAAGAGAUUUUUUUCUCUCUGUUCAGCAGCACUGAGAGAUGAACGCUGCAGUUCAGAGCAAGCACAUGCAAACAGGCAAUACAAAGGCUAAUCAAGCAGAAAUCUUAUGUAAUAUAACAAAAAAGGACAGAUGCAAAACAAAAAAAACCCCAACCCUCUGCAAAUACAGAAACAGCAUUAAACGUGCUGGUAAACAACCCUGACAAAAAGAAAACGCUCCAUGAAGGCAAUUAAAUGUGACUCCUAGAAGCUGCUCAUCAAUGUGUGUCCAGCGUUAGCAUAACAUCCACUUUCUGCUUUACAAAAUAAAAAAAAAAUCCUAUUUCAGAGACUUUAUCGACUGUGAUUAUCUCAAGAAAAAGUAUCAUUUUGCAAAGUAAAGUUUUCUGAAAGUCGGCACCAAAUCGUGUGUCAUUUGCAAAAUGCUUUGUGAGUUUUCACUCGGCAAGAAAAACUGAUUUUUAACAUGCAUGAGAAGAUUUAAAAAAAAAAAAACUAUAUUGAAACGUAUUAAGCUGUUUUUCUAACCCAAUACAAACAAUUUUUUAAUAGCUCCCUGUCUAAUCAAGAAGUUUCUGUGACUUCCUGAUUAGACAGUGUUUUUUUAAACUGCGAAAACAGUUAAUGUUUGAUAAUAAAUUAAUACCACCACUACAGGGUAUUUCUACACGAAUACAAACAUUAUUGUCUGAAGACAUGAUUUGUUUAUGAUAUAUGGCUUUGUGGAAUUGUCAAGUAAUAAUAACCUUCAAUAAAAUUCUGGUACAGUUAGUUAAAUACAGUCUUACUGUAUAUAAUCUAAAUUAAUUUAAACAAACGUAAAACAUGAUCUACAGCUAGGGCAAUAAUUAUUCCUACUGCUGAUUUUUACUAUUUGAAUAAUAGCUACAAAGCAAUUUAUUUAAUUUUGCCUCAGACUUAAGCUGAUACAUUGAUUAAACACUAACUAGUUUCAUAGUUUUUAACUUAUGAAUGCUCAGAAUAUUACAUAUUUUUCUUUUUAUACAAAAACAUAAGUACAACAACAUGAUGUCUGGCUCAGGUAGCUAGCGUCAGUCAAGUCAAGUGCUUGACAGAAAUUCUGCUUGUCCACUGUAUUUUAAAUAGUAUUAAAUUUAAAGAAAACCACAAAGCAGCAAGUUGGACUGAAACAUCGGCUGAAGAUAUUCAAAACAAUUUGUGACAAAACAAAUGUCUAAAGGAUGGUUCAGGAAAUUGAAAUUUUCAUUAAAACUCAGCUUAAAUCUAGCCAACGUCUAAAAUAUAAGAUAUUUCUCAUCUGUGAUUGAAGUACAGUUCUUACCAUAAAACCUUCACACUACUAGCUGCUAGCUUAGAACAAUGUUAACAGCAGUGCUUUAAAUUCUAAAGCAGACUUUUAAAAAUUGUUCUUGCUGACUAAGAAGUGGUAUCAAAACUUCCCCCAACAUGUAUUCUGUAUUUAUUAUUUUGGGUAAUUGGAACAGGACAAUUACUCGAUUGUCCUGCUUUAGAAAUUAGGCUAACGUUAGCUUGAUUUGAAUGAGCUAGUGAUGUUUGUGCUAAAGCUGCGGUAUGUAACUUUUAUAAAGACUUUUUUUUUUUUUUUACAUAUUUGUUAAAACUGUCACUAUGUCCUGAUAAUAUAAUAUGAGAUGGAUAAUCUGUCAAAAAAUCAAGCUCCUCCACCUCCUCCUAGUGCUAGUAACUCUGUCUGAAGAAAUGCACCGCUCCCGGUCAAAAACAGCCAAUCAGAGCCAGAAGGAGGGUCUUAGUGCUGUCAGUCAAUUCAGAUACAGGCUGCUAAAUGUGCUAAUGUCGAAGAAACAAAUUACCGUUCCAAAAAAAUUGUUUUUGUCCCCUGUUUUUCAUGGCCAUGCUAGCGGGGAGAAGCUUUAGUGUAGCAGCUAGCUAGGGGGAGGCUGACUGACAUAAGACCCUCCUUCUGGUUCCGAUUGGUUGUUUCUCACAAAGCUGUUUACUUCUAUAGUUAGCACUGUGAGAAGGCAGAGGUGUUCAGUUUUUCCACUUAUGAUCUACCUCAGACAGUACUGUCACAACAUAGUGACAAUUGUAAAACACUUUAAAAAAAAAAAAAAAAGUUACCCCAGCUUUAAAAUUUUAUUUAACACAGUUCCUGUCAGUAAACAUGAUUCAUUGUAUUAAAUCAAGGUUCUGGUUUGCUGGAUAUAGUUGGAUGAAACACCAAAUUCUUUUCAUGUAAUUAGCCUUUUACUGACACGUGGUGAGAUGAGAGCGAUGACCUCGUUCUCUCUGAACGAUCUGUGUGUCUCCAUUGAUUUGGCGGCUCAGACCGGCUGUACAUGUAGCUGUCGCCAGCUCGUCAACGCGGCUGGCAGGCUUUGGUUUUCAAACCGAGUUGAGGCUGUGACUCCAGUGCAGUAGUUCAGUGCCUAUACUAAACGUGAGGUUGUGCCUCGACUAUGAAAUCUGUUCUCUAAUAAACUAUUUUGACUUGUUGUCUGAUUCCA